GAACAGCGGCGAGAGUAGAUCAUGAUCACGUUAACGCGAAGCAACCUCUCAUUCCAUCCGAUCCACUCUUGAUCGCGGCGCUUGCGGCUGGCUUGUACCCCAAUUUGGCGGCUCGACGUAGUGGACGCAGGACUCGUGAUGUUGAGGUAUGUGAGGGCAACGCAUCAGCCAUGCCACAAAGCGCCUCCUGCGUCGCCAAUCUUCCCGCACACCUUAUUACGGCUAACAGAAAAUUCAUCUUCACAUAUCAGGAAGAGAAAAUUCUCCUCAAUAUCAACAUUGUAAGGCUAACAAAAAAUUAUCUUCAUUGCCUUCCUAGAUUCCUUCCUUCCUGGAUUUCGAGGCUUGAGCCUCGGAGAUGAACUACUGUGAGCUCUAAUCUGAGCGUUCGAGAUGAGUUCCUCGUAUUCGAGUCUUUCUGUGACACUGAGGGUCCAGCCUUCAUAGAUGAGACUAACUAUCACCCGAGUCCGAUCUCAAUAAAGGGCAUAACUCAGGUUGGCGGUGCAGCUUUAGCGCUCCUUGCCGCAGUGGCCGGUGGUGAUGGUUGUACUGAUUCUGCGUUCUCAAAUACUAACAUUAAACAUGCUCCUAGCGACGCUGAAGGUUCUUCUUGCGGUACGUCGACCUGGUCGAAAUAUGGAGGAAAGAAAGGUGCCUCGUCCAAAUGUGGAGGAAAGAACCAUAAAGCGGCUGCUAUGUACUAUUUAAGGCUCAACAGUUACCCUAAUCCAAAUCCAUGCAUGAUCUGUAGAAGCAUGUCCGUCGGAGACGUUCUCAAGGGGUGCUAGAACGUCUCAGGGAGACGGUCUUCAAGAUGGAUCAGGCUGCAAGAUUCUAAACUAAACAGCGCCCUUUUUCCAUCCGACGUACGUGCGAUUUCGAAGUUUCAUGGAGAUAAGUGCGGAAAAGGAACACAUUUGUGAGACUGGCGGUUUUGUGUGUGGCAACGAAGCUCGUGUGAUGGAAGGUGCCUCCCCCGGCUCGGUCACGGCUCCUGGCCAUGCUUGUGGCUUUGACUACGACUGGGGGAUCAUGCACCUCAAUGGCGGCUACCUACAGCUCUUUUUCGAUUCUUCGCAUGCCUUGAAAGCCAUUGGCCAGAUACGGAAAGGUUUGCGACUGAUUUUCCAAAAAUUUUCAAAAAUGCUUUUGCCAGAGGUAUCUUUUCUUUGCAAGAGGUCCAAGAGUGCGUCUGCGUCUUUGCGGCCACCUGAAUUUGCCUUACAGGAAGUGGAUUUCCUUCAGAAGCUAGGGACACUUCUGUACCUACUUAUAAUGGACGAUACGCAAAAGCAAAAAGAUUACUUGGGCCUCGAGCCGGGCUGCGUUGUCGGCAUCAUACCUGCCGAAACGUUGGAUGGAGGGAGGUUUUCUUCGAAUAUUAACUCUUCUUAUGCUGCUGGUGCACCAUCACGACCGGAUCACGAAGCAAACGAACCUGUAGUUUCUGGCAAUUUACUAGCGCAAAAUCACUUCGGAGAAGCCCUGUUGAGCAGGGAAAGCUAUAAUUACAAACUAUUCAGCAACGAUCAGGAUGCGGACUGCGCUCAUCAGAGUGAGAGUGCUGUGUUUGGCAAAGGAGGCGGCAAAAAUGGUACAGGAAAAGGUCGUGGCAAGAAAGCAGAUUCUCAAAAAGGUUUUUGCGGAAAGCAACAAAAAGGUUAUGAUCCUUCGUCGAAGCAGCAUUCGAAUUCUUCGAAGCACUACAACCGAUCAUGGAAAGGCCUUUCCAACAAGAAUUACAAGGGUAAUUACAAGGGUUACUAUUCCACGGAUAAGACGAUCUUUGACGACGAUCCCUAUUGGUUCUAUGCGACUGAGGAUGCCCAUGCCACUGAUGUGCCGCAGUGUGAUGGCAAUCAUGGUGUUGCAGGUACUAAAGGACACCAGGAGUAUGAAAUUACCAAUGGUACUAGAGAAACAACGUCAACUUCUCGUGUUGCAGAAGAUAAAGGACAGCGCCAUUACAUUUACAAGGGUAGUGGACGUCGUGAAGAAGAAAGUCGUAUGGUAGACACGAUUGAGAUAUCCGACGAUUCAGAGGAUGAUGAUGGCCUUCUUUCAGAUUAUAAUGCGCCUGGCGUGCUAGAAGUCUCGUCUUCUAGGCCAUCGAAAAUGAGAAAAGUUGACACGACGGCUUCGCCCUUCAUCGGCGUUGGAACCAUGAACAGUUCAGAAGAGUUCAACUUUGAAGAGUUUGACUGCUCCCACGAGUUUGAUUGCUCUGGUAGCGGAGACUUUGAUGACUCUACACGCGGCAACUUUAUGAACCCGUUUACAACUGGUAAUCCAGACUUUCAGCUACUCCAACAGGCGCGAAGUGCUGACCCUCCUCAACACGAAACUCCUAAUGAGCCUAAUUCUAAGACUAUGGGAAACUCCUACUGAGCCUAGUACAGACACAGACAGAACAGAAGGUUGGUAAUGCUACGAAGU